CCUGCAGACGAAGCCGAGAUGGAUAUAUCCGAGGACAGAUUGAUCAACGAAAUAAUGAACUUGAAGGUUGACGCGGUGCGAAACCUGGUCAAACAGUGUGGCCUUGAGUCAGCGGGUUCCAGAAUGGAUCUUGUCAUCAGGUUGAAAGACCAGAUGAAAAGCCGCAGUGCUUUUGACAAGGUCUUUCAAAAAGUAUGGAGUGCAUCUGGUGGCUGGGCAGUGAUAAUGUGCCCCUGUGGAAUCAUUAAUUCUAUCAAGUUCAAUCUGAGGGCUGAAAGUCCACGGGACUACUGUGAUAUGUUGCUAUCAUUUAAGCACUUUCCUAAUGUAGUCAUAUAUGAUUUUGCAAGAGGUUUGGCCACGCACACAAACCUGCGUGAACCAGUAAAAAUCCCCUUUAGGCCAAAUGAAGGCAGACUCGCUGAUGCCAUGCCAGAAAACCUUCAGUCUGCACAGAAAGGUGAUCUGAAAGUAAACUUGCCAUGGCUGAAGGUUAAAAAGGAGCAUGCAGACAGCAACGCACACCCCUCUACAGGUUCAGCUGAACACUAUGCUCUCUAUGACAUUUUCCACGAGGCCAACACCAGUGAUGCAAAAGACUGCUUGAGGAAAAUUGCUCUGGUACCCGAACUGCAUGGCUGGGUGAAUUCUCAGGUAGCAGAGCAGUUGUUCUCCAAAAUGAGAAGGAAUAACUACUUUCUAAAUAUGAUGUCUCCGGGGAGCCAUAUUUUUCUCAUGCGCUCUAUCAUUCAUCAUCACAACACCAUGUUGAAUGAGAAGACCCUGGCUGACAUUCAUAAAAUCUCAUCAGCAGACAUCACACUGGAUUCAUCUGGAAAGGCCAUAAUGGGUGUGUAA